AUGUCCGGUGGGAACCUUCGCAUUACUCCAACUUCAAGCGAAGCUUCUUCAUCGACAUUACAGAGAAACCACGGCACAUCAAACAUUUCCCCAGCAUCAUCAUCGUCCGGUGUUAACACGGAAUCAAAAGCUGUUCCAUUCCCUUCGGCACCAUCCAACCAUACUCAUCAACCUUCAGUGCCCGAACUUCGAGCAAUAUUAAACAAUGUGACACCUUCACAGCAUGAUAUAACACCACCUAUUUUGUCUUCAUCGUCCGCAAAUUCCAAUCCUCACGUUCGCAGUGGGGACAUUGUUAUGAACACAAUUUCAGGUGCGUCUUCUUCCUCGAAUUUGGGAAUUAGAACCCGUCACAGAUCCGGAACUUUACCUUCCAGACUUACUACGGGUGUAGCAGGGCUGGCAAAGCCGAGUACUCGGAGCUUUGUAAACGAAUCCGCCCCACCAAGAGCCGGUCAGCCAUCUUUGCGUCAAAGUUCUAUCUGGCUGAGUGAGGCAUCAAUUCCGGAAUCAGCAUCGAGCAACCAAUCUUCACAGUUCUUCAAUACCCCUCGUGUGCGUUCUUAUUCGGCAAAUAAUGCUCUCCUAACACCUGCAGAUCGCCAGUUUCUCAAUCAGUGCUCGACAAUUCGGGAGGAAUACCCACCCUCACUUGCUUCUAUUGAUAAUGUUGCGUUAAAUAGCAGACAGGCAGAUCUUGCAUCCCAUAGUUUACACCAACCAACAUUACCGAUUUCUUCCUUACCACAACAAUCCUCAUCGCUGCUACGUCCGCGUUCGCAGACAUUGGGAUUCCAGCCAUAUUUCGGUGGUUACGAGAGUGCACAAAUGGGUACAGCAAUCCCAUCCACUGAUAUGCUAUUGAAUGGAUUACAAAGACGUACCCAAUCAUUUUCAGAGACUUCACAGGGACAGCCUGAAUAUAUAUCCAACGGCCAACCGGUUCCAAAUGGUCGAACUUUAACUGAAAGUGGAGCAUUCAGAACAAUCAAGCCAAUUUUAAGAGAUAAUCUACCAGAAAAGGCAAUAUCGAUCACCUCCACACAUACAAAUCCAUCUCUAGGUCCUACGGAUACACUCUUAAUUAUUAAUGUUCCUAGAGAUUCUUCCCUUACAAAUGCGGCCAACUUCUAUCGGAUGAUGUCUCAGUUUGGCACAAUCUUGUCAGUUCGUGUUAUUCUAUGCACGGACUCUAGUGAUUUGGUGGUUGUUGUUCAGUUUGAUAGCAUCGAAUCUGCAGCUCACUGCAGGGCGAAAAUGAACUACCAGGAGCUGAUUCCUGGAUUGAGCUGCAUUAUUGCCUUUGCAAAGAUUAUUUAUGUUGAUGACGGUAACGCGUUCCAUUCGUUUGACCAACAAAGCAGUCAGUUCUCAAUUUCACAUCAGCAGAAACCCGUUCAACCUCAGAAACAGUUGCAGAUUCCACGCUCAUCUGCAUCAUCAUCCGUGUCCUCCACGAUGAUGCCUUUUGGAUCAGCACACAACAAUUCAUUCUCCAAGAAUCAUCGUUCAGAGGAGGAGCCCGAGGACAAAACCAUCAACAUGGUGUAUCCGCGCUUCAGUAAAAUUUGUCAGAUGAUCGAGGCUGGAAAUACAUCUUUAUCCAGUGCAGAAUCGUCUCAUCUCUCAAUAUUGGUCUCACAUGCAAUGAGAUACAAUAGUAUCAGGGAAUUCGGCUUGGGAAAGCUUCCUGAGCAGCUUUCAAUUCGCAAGUUUGAUACCCCACGCUUAAGAGAGAUCAGAAAGCAGUUGGACGGCAAUCAACUUUCAAGAUUGAAGGUUGAGGAACUUGCCUUGGCAAUGUAUGAAGAGCUUCCGGAACUUGCUUCCGACUAUCUGGGUAAUACAAUUGUGCAGAAGCUUAUGGAUAUCUGCAGCCCAACUGUCAGAGAUGUCAUGGUAAAACACCUAGCACCAUACUUGGCGCAAAUGGGGGCCCACAAGAACGGUACAUGGGCUGCUCAGAAGAUGAUCAAUACCGUUGUGUCUGACAGGGAGAAGUGGAUUAUUUCAGAGGCUCUAUCGAAAUAUUGCACACAGUUAUUUAAUGAUCAAUACGCAAAUUACGUGGUUCAUGGUGUACUGAAGUUUGGAAAGCCAUACAACGAUUUCAUCACGGAAACAAUUAUGGCCACAUUCAUGGAGAUUUCCAGAAGCAGGUUUGGUGCCAGGGCUGUCAGAACCUGUCUAGAAUCAGAUGCCAUUUCAAAAGAGUCGACUGUGGCAAUAUGCGCUUGCAUUUUGACCUGGUGUUGGGAACUCAUGAUGGAUCCCAACGGAUCCCUUCUGAUCACAUGGUUUUUGGAUACUUGUACUGCCGUUUCAAACCGUCACAAUUUGUUGGCCAAGGUGAUUUGUGAGAGCGAUAUUCUUUCUGCCACAGAGGAGCACACUGGUGAUUCUUCAAAGGAAGCUCAAAGUGGAGGCAAUUCAUUUGUUUCGGCGGAAGCCAAGGAGCUUGGCUUGGAUCUGAAUGACAAUUUUGCUUCUGUUAGCAAUAGCAGACUCUGCCAGGUCUGUUGUUCGAAGUUGGGUCAACUGAGUAUCUUGAAGUUAAUGGCGUACCGGACAGACCUCAAGGCCAGGAAUAUAUUUUUGAGAAAGAUUUUUGGCGAUACCAUUUUGGAGUCGAAAAGCACGGAUUCCAACUUUGCAGAAAAUUCGUAUCUCGUUAGAAUUUUAACAGAUGCUUCGAUGGAGGGUUCGACAUUCAUUUGCAAAGUCAUUUCCAUUCCAACUCUAGAUUUUGAGCUUAGAACGCGCCUGAUUCACUGUAUUCGUGCCGUUCUUCAAGGCCAUAACAUGACAGGAGCUCAUCAAAAUAAAAGGCUUUGUGAAGAAGUUGGUAUCAAGGUUAACUCCAGAUCGGCCUCCUCUGGAAGGAGAAGAAAAACUAGAUCAAGAUCUGGUUCAGCAAGCGCUAUUCUGAGUGGCUUGGGUGCACUGCCAAACAACAAUUUGACUCCUUCGAUUAGUCUGGACUCUGCGCAACAAUUAUCUUCGAGAAACCGCUUUGGAUCUUCACAGUUGCAACAAGGUUCCGUUUAUCCAUUUUCGACCUCUUCAUCGAAUUCUGCUUCGGUGAAUUCUGCUUCAUUUGAAGUUUCAAAUAUGCCUUCUGUAAAUGGAUUUUUACAGAAUACUUUUUCGCCGACUGCUAAUAGUAGAAAUGGCCGCUUUCCUGACAAUGGUCUUUUAGGUGGUAAAGGAGACGGAUUAGUCGCAGUUGGCACAAAUGGCUCGACGGGAAAUUCGGGUGCCAAGAUUUCCAGCUCAAGAGAUUACGAUAUUCUACUCAAUAGUCGAUUCGACAGACUGUCUCUUAAUGGUAGUACUAAUGGAAAUAAUGAUACGAUGAUAACUUCUCAAGUAUACCAUGGACAAGGCCAGCUAGAGUCUAAUGGUACGCCAACAGGCCAGCAACUGUUUUAUUAG